GUCACCUGUUUUUUCUUUUAGUUUAUCGAAGGACUUGCAUGCACAAGAACCUUUCUCUGCUGUGACCUUGCGCCCCACUCACCCCCACCACCUUCUAUAUUCACAGUCGCCACCACCACCGUAGUACCACCACCACCUCCACCUUCUAUAUUAUUCUCCUAUUGCUUUCCUUCUUUUGGUUUUUCAAUUUCUCCAACACUCAUUUCAAAGGAUUUUCUUUCCUGUCCUUCUCAGAUUUUCCUUCUCUUGAGCUCUCUCUCAUCCACAAAUGGUGCUUUCAAAACUUCGUGGCCAUAGGUUUUUCAAGUUUAGAAGCAGUACAGUUUAUAAUUCUUCUUCUUUUGGAUUCUUUCUUGAUGUUUAAUCUCAAACAAUCCUCUCCGCAAUCAUAUUUCAAUUAACCCUUUUGUUUAUCUCUCAAUCUAUUGGUUCACAAAAAGCAAAAUAUUCUCUUUCCCUAGUCUUUCCCACCUAUCAAAGACUAUUCUUGCAUAGGUUUCUCAGAUUCUCAUCUCUUAAAAUAUCUGCACAGCCCUUUUUAAAUAUUAAUCUUUUCUGGGUUUCAUUCUGAGACAGAUGGUUGCCAAGGAUUACGAAUUUGCACCUGGAGUUCUUGUUCAAAUGACUUGGAUUCUGCUAUGUGUUGAUUACUCAAGGCUCUUUUGGUUAUUGUUCGGUGUUUUUUCCUAUGAAAAUCAUGAGGGAAAGCCUCGGAUCAUCUAGCACUAGUUUUACAUCCAUCUCCGCUCUCCAUCUUCGAUAAUUUCUAUAGAUUAUAGUGUUUUUUUCAUAAUAAAUAGUAUUUAUAGCUGAUCUUAUACCUGCUUAAGAGGUCUGCAACAGAAAAAUUCUCUGCUCGUGUUUGUUUUCCGAGAAAGAGGGUUAAUUUUUAUUGAUUAAUUAAUUAGAUUCUCACCAGCCAUGUACAAGACGCGAUUAGGAGGUCGUGUUGAUGGAGCAAAGGCACAUCUUGGAUAUGUUGAAACUGAUCCUUCUGGUCGUUAUGGGCGUUUCAGAGAAGUUCUGGGGAAAGGAGCCAUGAAGACUGUGUAUAAGGCUUUUGAUGAGGUUCUUGGAAUGGAGGUUGCGUGGAACCAAGUGAAGCUUAAUGAUGUAUUACAUUCACCAGAGGAGUUGCAGCGGCUAUACUCAGAGGUUCACCUCCUUAAGAACCUCAAUCAUGAUUUCAUCAUAAAAUUCUACACAUCUUGGAUUGACAUUGAUCGAAGAACCUUCAACUUCAUCACUGAAAUGUUAACCUCGGGGACCUUAAGAGAGUACAGAAAGAAGUACCAGCGAGCGGAUAUAAGAGCAGUCAAGAACUGGGCACGCCAAAUACUUCUUGGACUUGCGUAUCUUCAUGGCCAUGAUCCUCCUGUGAUACAUAGAGAUCUCAAGUGCGAUAAUAUUUUUGUCAAUGGCCAUCUUGGGCAAGUCAAGAUUGGUGAUCUCGGCUUAGCAGCUAUUCUUCGUGAGUCACAGUGUGCUCACAGUGUCAUAGGAACCCCAGAAUUUAUGGCACCAGAAUUAUAUGAAGAGGAAUAUAAUGAACUGGUGGAUAUUUAUUCCUUUGGCAUGUGUGUGUUAGAAAUGCUCACUUCUGAUUACCCAUACAGCGAGUGCUCGAAUCCUGCCCAAAUAUACAAGAAAGUGACUUCUGGAAAGUUGCCAGAGGCAUUCUACAGGAUUAAAGAUAUUGAAGCCCAGAGAUUUGUGGGGAAGUGUUUGGAGACUGCUUCAAAAAGGUUGCCUGCGCGGGAGCUCUUGUUGGACCCAUUUCUGGCAUCUGAUGAAUCCAAAUUGCUGCCUGUCCCAAAAAUCCCAUUUCAAAUGACUUCUCCUGAUGGAACAGAGGAGAUUAGUCCAUCUUUGUUGGCUGAUCCAACCAAGGCCACAGAAAUGACUAUUACAGGAACUAUGAAUCCUGAAGAUGACACAAUUUUCCUCAAAGUGCAAAUUUCUGAUGAGGAUGGUCGCACAAGGAACAUAUAUUUUCCCUUUGACACUAUGAAUGAUACUGCAAUCGACGUUGCAAUGGAAAUGGUGAAAGAAUUGGAGAUCACUGACUGGGAACCAAUGGAGAUUGCUGAAAUGAUAGAGGAGCAAAUAACAUCCUUAAUUCCAAGCUGGAAAGGGUGGGGCUUCUCCCAAUUCUUUCAACGGCAUCACAGCUUUAACUAUGGUGAUGAUGAAGACGAUGGAACCCACCACCCUUUCCAGUCCAUCUCCUCACGUUCUUCUUCCCAGGCUUCUCUUUUGGCUUUGAACUCUUCCUACGAGAAGCAGCAGCAUCAUGGAAGCAAUCAUGACUGGCUUCAAGGGGAGGGGUUUGCAAAUGAUGAUGCAAGUUCUCAAAGCUCGUUCAACUACUCAGGUUUCAAAUACUUCUCAGGCAAUGAACAUGAGAGCAAGACUGGAGGAGGAGAGCCCCGCUACUUUACAGGCGUCCAUAAGUCUUCGAGAUUUUGUCCUGCAGACAGCUUGAGUGCGAAACAAUCUAGACAAGGCAACUGGCAUUUGGAUUCUUGCGAAUGCAGUAGUUCAAAUCCCCAGCGAAAACUAAGCAGGAUUCGGUCACUUGUUGAUGUUCGUAGCCAGUUGUUGCAUCGGUCACUGCUGGAGGAGAUACACAAGAGGAGAUUGUUCAAGACUGUUGGAGCUGUUGAGAAUAUUGGGUUUCAGGAGUCUGGGUUUCAAGGCAAUGAUGAAAAGCAAAGAUUUAAAUGGUGAAAACAAAAAGAGGGAAACAUCCAGGACAAAGCUUGCAAAAACUCUUAAGGUAUGUUUGUCUUGUAAUGUAAUUUUGCCCUGUGUUUUUCCAUGCAAUGCUUGUAUUUUGAGUUCUGUUGGAUCAAAUAAACGUUUGUCCCUGAUCAAGGACAAAGAACAUCGGAUAUAUAUUAAAUUUUCAUUAUAUAGC